ACAAAACUUUGGGCGGCGGCUGCUGCUGCGUUGAUGCGGUUGAUGCUAGAGCACUAUAGUUGAUGCGAUGUUUUGCUUGCGUGGCCGAUCGGAUAGUAUUACUGGUAUUACUCAUUGUUCAAACAGUUGAACAUUUUCGCAUAAUGUCAUAACGCACACUAUGCGAACACACGUCUGCGUUCUGAUAAAGCGCACAUCGAAGCCUCUGUAUUCCGCGCGAAACUUACUUGCAGUCAAGCUCGCCACCUGGCCGCACGUGCCGAAGAUGGCCAAAAGCAAGUUCGAGUACGUCCGGCAGUUCGAACAAGACGACAGGUGCCUCCCGAACUGCUGGCUCGUCGUCCGCGUCGACGGCAAAGCCUUCCACCGCUUCUCCGACGCGCAUAACUUCGAGAAACCCAACGACAAGCGCGCGCUCGACCUGAUGUCGCGCUGUGCCGAGCGCGUGAUGGACGAGUUCAAAGACAUCUGCCUCUCGUACGGCCAGAGCGACGAGUACAGCUUCGUGUUCCGAAAAGACUCGCUCGUGUACAACCGACGAGCGAGCAAACUGAUGACUAGCGUGUCUAGCUUGUUCACCUCCGCGUACGUCUUCCACUGGCCCGAAUACUUCCCGGACUCGAUGCGCUACCCGCCGUCCUUCGACGGCCGUGUCGUGCUGUACCCCAGCGACAAGAACCUCGUGGACUACUUGAGCUGGCGGCAGGCGGACUGCCACAUCAACAACCUCUACAACACGGUGUUCUGGUCCCUGGUUCAGAGCGGCGGGCUCUCGCCCAAGCAGGCCGAGGAGAGGCUUCGAGGGACGCUGUCUUCCGACAAGAACGAGAUACUGUUCCAGGAGUUCGGAAUCAACUACAACAACCUGUCGCCGCUCUAUCGGAAGGGCACGGUCAUCGUUCGGGAGCCAGUGCCCGACGAGACAGCACCGGCCGAAGGCGGCAAGAAGCCCGGGAAGCAGAAGUGCACAAAGUUGACCUCUAUGCAUGUGGACAUGAUCCAGAAAGACUUCUGGUAUAAGUAUCCGUUCCUGCUCGACGAUGUAUCCUAACGGCAACACGCGACAAUAUUUUUAACAAGACUCGUUGUAUGGCUAGUUCGUGCAUAUGACGCCGAGGACAUUUAUAAACAUGAAGGAGACAUGCUUGUCAGUGUCCUCUCCUCCAUAUUUGUAUUUGUUUGCAGUUACAAAGUUCCUGAGCACAAUAUUUUUAAUCAGGCUACGGUCCUGCACUCCUAUCUUGUAUAUGGCACAACACUGAUAAAGCGAACAGGCGAUUGCCGGUUUUGGAUUUGCAUCUUAAAAUCGAUAGACUGUUACAAAAACCACUAAUGCGGUGAAAAGCACCGAUUUAGGGCAGUAAACUAAGUGGUAAAA